AUGGCGACUCCUACGGCUGCCCGCCACAUUGUCAACUUCAUAACCGGCAACGCCAACAAGCUGCGCGAGGUCAAGGCGAUUCUGGAGCCGGCGAUCCAAGUUGAUAGCCAAACACUGGAUUUGAUUGAAGUUCAGGGGACGGUGGAAGAAGUGACGCUUGACAAGUGCCGGAGGGCGGCUGACCUAAUCAAGGGUCCCGUCUUGGUGGAAGACACAUGUCUCUGCUUCAACGCUCUGAACGGGCUUCCAGGGCCGUACAUAAAAUGGUUCAUGGCCAGCAUCGGCCACGUCGGUCUCAACAAUCUACUAGCCGCCUACGAAGACAAGUCGGCUAAGGCCAUGUGCACAUUCGCUUACUCUGCGGGGCCUGGGCAUGAACCGAUUCUCUUCCAGGGCAUCACUGAUGGCAAGAUCGUGCCGGCGAGAGGGCCCCCGGACUUCGGGUGGGAUGCUGUUUUCGAGUACGAGGGACAGACAUACGCUGAAAUGGACAAGGUAGAAAAGAACAAAAUUUCACAUCGCUACCGGGCUCUCGCCAAGCUUCAGGACUGGUUCGCAAAAGAACUUGCUCCUUAG